UAGACGUCAGAAUGUGGUCAGCUGGUGUGCGUAGGACGAGGUGCGCGUUCGUUGCUUUCACUUCCUGGUAGCGAGGUCACAUCAAAUAAACUUCUCUUUAAUCAUUGCAUUCUCCUGUAGGCGGUGUUCACACCAAAGACUGACUGAAAUUAGAGACAAGGACUGACUGUAAAGUGAUAAGACAUUUUGUCCACCAAGUUGCAGCAGAUUCCUGCCUGGUUCCAUCAUGUGUGAUCUCAGACCAGCCAGCAAUUUGGAGUCGGAUCACAUGGCUGAUUUUUCCCUGAUGAACAGUCGCCUGGACUCAUUCCGUGGCUCCGACUGGUCCAAGCAUGUAUCGGCAGAAAGAUUGGCCCGGGCUGGCUUCUACUUCACUGGCCAUGCCGAUCGUGUCCGCUGUUUCAGCUGCCAGAAGACUGUGGAAAACUGGUGCACGGGAGACACACCUGUCGAGAGGCAUAAAGAGGUUUCCCCAUCAUGCAGGUUUCUCAGCUGCACUCACCGCACCAAUUUUAACCUGAGUUGUGAUACCAGGCUGACUAACGGUUCCACCUACAAUGAAGAAGCAGAAGACAUGGAAUACCGUUUGAGAACAGGAGAGGUGGUUGAUGAGUCCACCUACCCAAUGGCCCCUCACAUGAGGAGUGAGGAGGCCAGGCUUCAGACCCUCUCUUCCUGGCCCUCUACUGCUCCAGUGAGACCCCGAGAUCUGGCCCAAGCCGGACUCUACUACUUAGGGGAGGGCGAUCGGGUGCAAUGUUUCUGCUGUGGGGGCAUGCUGGGUGGCUGGGAAGCAGGGGACACCGCCUGGAGAGAACAUGCCAAACAUUUCCCCUAUUGCUUCUUUAUCCUCGGCCACGAUGUGGGCAACAUCCCAUUCCUAGGUGGUGCAGAGGAGGAGUGCGGCAGUAGACCACACGCAAACACUCAUGUCUCUAUGGGGAGUUUGGAGGACAGGCUUGGUAGUUUUGCAGGAGUCCAGCACCCUAUUGACCAUGAGAGGCUUGCCAGAGCUGGCUUCUACAGCGCAGGUACAGGAGACAAGGUGUUGUGUUUCCGCUGUGGUGGAGGUGUGAAAAGCUGGCAGCCUGAGGAAGACCCUUGGGAAGAACAUGCCAAACACUACCCAGGAUGCAGCUUCCUGUUAGCAGAAAAGGGACCAGAAUAUGUCAACAGCAUCCAGCUACAAGACCCUCGACGAAAUAGAGCCACUUCAAGUCAACAGAAUGGAUUUUCAGGACAUGGGAAUGAUGUACUGCAGUCUGCGAUGGCUCAGAGGGCCAUAGGGAUGGGUUUGGAGCCCAGCGUUGUGGAAAAGACCAUCUUGGAAAAAAUCAGAAGUACAGGUUCCGGCUACUCCACCUCGGAAGCACUUAUGGAGGAUUGUCUUAACACACCCAUGAGUGAUUCUGCCAUGUCACAGGAUCAAGAUGAGGACCCACUGGAGAAACUACGGAAGCUGCAGAGGGAGAAACAGUGCAAAAUAUGUAUGGACAGAGAUAUUUGUAUUGUCUUCAUUCCAUGUGGUCAUCUGGUCACUUGUAGAGAGUGUUCAAAAACACUCAUCAAGUGUCCAAUCUGCUGUGGAGCCAUAAUGCAGAAGAUCAAGACAUACAUCGCCUAAGGGAAUCACGGACUCUUGCCAAAUGUUAAUGCUGCUUUCGCACUAUCUUUAUAAUAUUGUAUUUUAAUAUUAAAUGUAGAUCGGAAGUAAUAUAUAUAAGGACCAUGUUGUUUGUAUGAUUGUAAGGAGGAAAGAAUAAUUAAAUGUUGCAAUAGUUUGACAAUCAGUGAAUAAAUAGCUGUUAAUAUUGAGAUGGGAUGAUAUUAUAGAUAGCUGAUGUUGAUUUUAUAGGCCUUUUUAAUAGUAGAGUGCUAACAUUUGUAAAUACAAACUAAAGGAUAAUUCUUAACAUUUUGCAACACAUUUUUUUCUUGCCAGCCAGAGGUGCCUUUCUCUUGCUUUAUGUACUUGUGUAUUUUUUUGUGGUUUAAUUUUGGACAGCGCAAUUGAACAGGAGAUGGGAAGUCUGUGUUAUACACUUAUGUCACAAUCAUCUAUUUUGUCUGUCAUACUUUUGGACUCAAUUUUCUCAAUGUGUGCUGCUUUGUGUUGAAAUCUAUAAAGGUAGAUCAGUAAAUCCACUUCACUUUAUAACUGACAGAAUCGACUCUAAUUUAAGGCUGCAGUUGAUCAGUGUGGUUUGAAAUGACAUUACCAUUCCAUCAUGCAAUCUGUCGUGUCAAGAUUGAAUAAAUUUUAAUGUUUGGACUUGGAAAAA